AUAGUAAUCAAUUUACUGUGUCCAUCCUCGCCCGCCAUACAAUGAAUGUCAAUGGAUUGCACCUGUUAUUUGUGUUGCUAGUUAUCUGUUUGAAUGUCGUUUCGGGACAUCAGUGUCCUAAAUUUGAACCCAUGUCUAAUUUCGAUAUGGAACAAUUUUUAGGGACAUGGUACGCCAUUCAAACGACAACGACGCCACUUCGAUGUUUAGUGUAUGAUAUUACAGGAUUGGCAAACCGUAGUGAUGACGUCCACGAAACAACCAAUAACGACCAUUCGUUUGGAGAAUUGAAAGUUGAUCCGAGUUUACCAUCGAAAAUGUUUAUUUCUUUCCCUCCGAGUUUACCGUUUUAUACGUUCGGCUGGGUUGAAUGAUAAUCUUUUUGUCGUUGACCAUUUGAAAUGUAACCAUCCCAAGAACAAAUUGAG